GUCUCGUCUUUCGUCACUACGCAGAAAAAGGUUCGCCCAAUAACUAUAAAUGGAUCAGAGAAAAAUCAAAAAAGCCGAUUAGGGCAACAGGAAGUAGUCACCAAAGAAUAUACAAAGAGGUAGAGCCUUAUUAUUUGGACACGUUUCAAACACCAAAAGAGUCAAAGAGAAGGACAUAUUCACCAUUUGUUACAAAAAUAUUAGUUCGUCUCGGAAAACUAUUAGGGUAUUAUGAUUUGCCUGUACAAGCUAUUCGCGUAACAAGGGAAAUGUAUCAAAUGUGUGCAUUACGAUUAGAUGAGAAUAGAGAGUUUUUCAUUGAUACUUGCGGAUUACCAGAUAGCUUUCAAACAUGGUUUCAAAUAACUCUGUUACAUGUUUGGAUGUUGAUGGUCAGAUUUAGACCUGAAAAUGAUGGAAAAGUAUAUAUGCAACAAUUAGUGAAUCAUUUAUUUGAUGAUGCAGAAUGGCGAAUGCGAGAGAUACAUGGUAUCACAUCGGGUAGUCUAAUUUCACAUUACAUGAAAGAUUAUCUUUCUCAAUUUCACGGUGCCGUUAUGGCAUAUGAUGAAGGACUUUGUAAGGACGAUCCAGUAUUAGCAACAGCUUUGUGGAGGAACGUAUUGGUUACAGAAGGAUCAGCACAUAAUAUGGCAUGCCUGGUCAAGUAUGUUAGACAGGAGCUUCAGGCUCUAGAUAGAAUACCAUUAGAAAAACUUGCCCAAGAUAAUAAACCAUUAUUGGAUUUAAG